AUGGACAAAGAGUGGACUAAAUUACCGUGGUUUAGUCAAGAGUACAUCAACGGUGUUACUCGAUUUUUAGACUUUGCCUUCACUAAAGGAAGUCCUCAAGGAGGUGAACUUCUAUGCCCUUGUGCUAAGUGUAAAAAUAUAUAUUGGAAAACCAGGGAUAUUAUUAGGGAUCACCUAAUAGCCAAAGGUUUUCUAGACGGUUAUGACGUUUGGGUGCACCAUGGGGAGAAACUACAAAGGUCUAUGGAAAUUGGUGAUGGGAUGGAAGAUCAAGAUGGAUCACAUGAUGACAUUCCUGGCUUAUUGCAUGACAUAUAUGGAGAUAGGGCAGAAGCACACGGAGUUGGUGAAGGUCCCAAUGACGAGGCUAGAACGUUUUACAGUUUGAUUAAAGAGGCGGAACAAGAACUGUACCCUGGAUGCAAAGACUUCUCUUCGUUAUCAUUCACGAUUCGACUCUACUUGUUGAAAUGUCUCCACGGCUGGAGCAAUACGUCAUUCACUGCCCUAUUAGAAUUAUUGAAAGAAGCAAUGCCUGAUUUGAACAUUCCGGAAUCAUUUUACAAGACAAAAGCCAUGAUAAGUGGUUUAGGCCUUGAUUAUAAGAAGAUAGAUGCGUGCCCAAAUGAUUGCAUGCUAUUUUGGAAGGAGCAUGAAAAGGACAAUUCUUGCACUAUUUGUGAAGCUUCACGGUGGAAACAAAAUGCUGCAACUGAAGGAUGUGAGUCUGAGCAACCCAAAAAUGACUGUAGAGUUCCUGCAAAAGUUUUGAGGCACUUUCCGUUGAUUCCUAGACUACAAAGGUUGUUCAUGUGUUCAAAGACAGCUGAGUCAAUGAGAUGGAUGGCAUGA